UCCCGCUGUUUUCUGCUCCAUUGACCGAGCUAUGGAGCCGUCUGGUCAGCCGCGAGGUCCCGGAUCCUACGGUCCCAUGGACGGGGUGGUUGGCAAGCACAAGCUAGAUCAUUCCUAUGAACUCACACCAGAAGAAUACAGAGUAAGUCGAGAAUGCAUUAGAGAGAGCUUCUUAUACAGAUGUUUGCCCAUCUCAGGUUUUGCCAUGGCGAUUACUCAUAUAUUAAUUCAUAAAGGAGUCCUUACAGGUCAUCCAAAGUUCGGCGCUGUACCAAAAAUGGCAGUUGCAGGAAUCUGUGGAUGGUUUGCUGGGAAGAUAUCUUAUAUAAAUGCAUGCAAAGAGAAGUUUAUGAACCUAAAAGAUUCACCGUUGGGAGAAAUGUUGAAGAAUGAAUCACAAUCUAAAAACUGGCGCUUAGAAUCUUCAAGAGGGUUCUACGUUUCUGAAAGGGCUCCAGCAACAGACACGGCACAGGCUCCAAGCUUCUAUGAAACAGUCCCGUUUAGCUCUUCCAUGAACGAAUCUACCCCAAGUGGAAUUACAGACGGCGUCCCUCAAGAACCUGAAACUGUGGAAGAAGCUCCUAAAAAGAAAAGAAUCACAUAUGAAGAACUCCGAAACAGAAACAGAGAAGGACAAGACGCUGGAAUGGUGCAGAAACCUGAAAUUCGAACGAGCUCGUUACCAAUAAAGGAGAGAGCUAAGAUUAAUAAGUAUGGAGAUGUUUGGGAAGAGUGAAAAUGCAGAAAAUGCAGACCUGUCUUUGUUCCACUGUUUCAGCUUAAUCAUUGUUGGUCAAGUAGCUGAGUAUUCUACUGUGAAAUGGACAUGUAAUACAUCUACAAUAAAGAUAUAUUUGUUUUCCA